UUUUCAUGCAGAUUAAGCAAUCAGAUGGCUCUAGAACUCGCCGCAGAGGCGGCAGCAGAGUUCUUGAACAAGGCAAUAAAACCAGUGAUGGUGGGGGGACCAAAACUAAGACCUGCACGGGCUUCCAGUUCCUUUCUCCAGCUGGCGGAGGCGAGCGGUUACCCCAUCGCAGUCAUGCCGUCGGUGAAAGGAUUCUUUCCGGAGAACCACCCUCACUUCAUCGGUACUUAUUGGGGCACGGUGAGCACUCCCUUCUGCGCCGAGACCGUGGAAUCCUCCGACGCUUACCUCAUUGCCGGGCCCGUUUUCAGCGACUGUACUUCGGUUGGUUACUCCCUCUUGCUUAAGAAAGAGAGAACGAUUACUGUGCAGCCCCACAGUGUGACGAUUGGAAAUGGUCCGAUAUUUGGCUGCGUUGAAAUGAAGGACUUUUUGAAAGCAUUGGCAAACCGUGUUAAACGCAAUGCAUGUGCUUAUGAGAGUUACAAAAGGAUACGUGUGACGCAGGAAGUUUCUGUUAAAUGUGAUCCCAAGGAGGAAAUAAAGGUCAGCGUUCUUUUCAACAACAUAGAGAAAAUGUUGUCUGGUGAGACAACUUUGAUUGCUGAGACUGGGGUUCCCUGGUUCAGCUGCCAACAGUUGAAAUUACCACAAGGAUGCGGGCUUGAACUUGAAAUGCAAUAUGGAUCAACCGGUUGGUCUGUGGGUGCGACUCUAGGGUAUGCUCAGGCUGCGCCAAAUAAGCGUGUGAUUGCUUGUAUAGGCGAUGGGAGCUUCCAGAUGACCGCUCAAGAGUUGUCAACUAUGCUGCGUUGUGGGCAAACGAGCAUUAUAUUUCUGAUUAACAACGGGGGAUACAGUAUAGAAGCUGCCAUACAUGAUGGUCCUUAUAAUGUGAUCAAAAACUGGAAUUACACCGGUUUGGUUGACGCAAUUCACAAUGGUGAAGGAAAAUGCUGGACGACUAAGGUCACAUGUGAGGAGGAACUUGUGGCAGCGAUUGUAAGAGCAACAAGUGAAAAGAGGGACUGCUUGUGCUUUAUAGAGGUGAUUGUACACAAGCACGAUACUAGCAAAGAGUUGCUCGAGUUGUGUUCAAGGAUCUCUGCCGCCAGUAUUCGCCCACCCAACCAUAUCUAGAGAAUAUAAUUGUCCCUUUUUUUUCCAAUACAGAAAGUGGGACAACACAAAUAAAAUGCGGUGUUUUACGCAUUUGCCCCUAUACUUGUAUGGUUUAGUAAUUUGCCAUCCGAACUUUUUAUAUCAGUAAGUUGGCCUUUCAAUUAGUAAAAUUGUUAUAAUAUGACCCAUUUUAAA